AUUGGUUAUAAGUCUAAAAUACAAACAAAGAACAUGGCGGACCUACGAAACGAGGAGCAGGAACAAUUUACGGGUGUUUAUGAUGAAGAUGUUGUGCAAAGCAGGAGCACAAAGAAAAUUGGAAUUGUCAUUCAAACUGCACAUGAUGAUGAUUCGAGUGAUUCUGAUGAUUCUACAGAUGAGGAAGAGGAAAAGGUUGAGAAGGGAAAGAUUAUGGUUGGUUGGUACACUCCUAACUCUAAGUGGUCAGACCCAGACGAGGUUAAAGUUGUAAAUGAAAAUAGCGUUGAGUUAGUAGAUCGUUCUUUACUACCUGGUGACGUUGUACGUUGGAUUAACAGAUCAAAAGGAAAUCAAAAAGGACAAAUAGUUGAUGUUAUUGUGUAUACUGAUGUAAGGAUUGUUGGGACAAAUCAUGUCCUGAAGAACAUUAAUGCUGCGGAAUUAUUGCCUCUAAGGGAUUUUGGUUUAUACGCACCUGUAGUAAAAUCUCCAUGGUUUGGAAUUGUGCGUGAUUUAAACGAAGAAAUAACAUUACGUUUAAAAAACAGUUCUAAGUGUAUCAUCAGUGGCAAGAACAUCGAAAGCCUUUGUGACGUUACUGAUCAAAGAGAAGAAGAUUCGACAUUCUACUGUGAUCUUUUUUAUCCUGGUCAACAGGUUCAAGGUCCAGCACGUGUUUUCAAAGAUGCUACAUGGGUUGUGGGGUCGAGACCUGCUGUUAACAACCAAAUGCGAUUGAAAGCGGUAGUAGAACAUGUAUCUCUGAAUAGUUUACACAUUGACUGGCAAGUAUGUGGAUUCAUGGGAGGAAUGGAGAACUCACUUGUUCAACCUGAUGCUGACAUUACCAAAAGAGAGUUGCAAAGUGGUGAUAUAAAAUUGCUGAGUCAUCAUAAAGAAGCACACCUUCAAAUUGGUGAUAAAGUCUAUUAUGUUUUAAAAGGUUCAGAUAUGAAAUUUCUUCAAGAAGAUACCGACAAGAAAGACAAAAUGGCUGCAUCUCCAGAAAAAAAGCCUGCAGCAGAAGCAGCAACACCAGAACCUUCCCCUCGUUCAACUGUAGGUCCUCUGCCUAGGCGUGGUGGUUCACGAUCAAGAAGGAGAAGACAUGUGCGCUGUGUAACAAAAAAGAAGAGGUAUCAACCAACACAGCAGCUUAAAGAGGGAGAAAAAGUUUGUGUCGAAGUAUGCUUUACAAAAACUGUAGCAAACACAAUAUGGCAGAACGGGGAGGAGCAUGCAAAUGUGUCUUCAACUGAUCUCCAUCCAGUGAUUCACCUAGACGAUUUGGAAUUUUUUCCUGGUGAUUUUGUUCUUGAUAAAAGAGUUGACACUUCACAGAAGGAGCGUUUUGGUGUCGUACAGACCGCCAAUUACGCUGCACGUUUGUGCAAGAUUAAAUGGUUAUCAUAUGAAAAGAAUGCUACAGAAGUGAUGGAAGAAGUGGAAGACAAUGUGAGUGUGUAUGAUAUUGCCGAUCAUGAAGAUUACACGUUCCGUGCUGGUGACGUUGUGGUGAGGCUAGCAUCAAAUGACAGUGACAACACUGAUGCUGUUGCCCCUGCCGGGCAGAUUAUUAAAGUAAAUGGAGAUGGUACUGUAAAAGUGCUGUGGGUUGAUCAAAGUGUUUCGUCAGUGUUACCAUCCCAACUCUAUGUUGUUGAUAAAGAAGAUGAUGAAGACAUGAACUGGGAAGAAGUGAACGGCGCUGACAGCAAUGAAAACUCCGACGACGACGAAUGGGAAACGGCCAGUGACGCCAGCGACGGGUUGUUGCCUUCUGAAGAGCUGAGUCAACAGUUAAAUCCAUUAGAAGAUAUCAUCAUGAGAUCAUUAGCCGCCAUUAAUGCGCCCUCCCAGGAUACGACCUCGACUGAUAGCAACUCCGCCUCCAACGUGGUGGUUGGUAUGAAUAGACAAACAGUGGAUUUUAUGAACGAAUUAGGACGAAACUUUGUGCGACCAUCAAGCGGUACUCAUGACACAUCUUUCUUCUCCGCAUGGAAUCAAGGUACAUCUCCCUCCAGCACAGACAAUUUAUCUACCAAUAGCAACGCUGUCAGUUCUGACUCUGAAUACAAAACCAACGAAAGUUUUAUUUCUAUAUUAAAUGGUUUACGUAAAGCAUUUGAAAAAGACACAAGAAUUUUAGAGUUUUUAGACGAUUUAGAGAAGCAAGUUUCGGAAGAAUGCGAGAAUAGUAGUCAUUCUGUAGACAUAGUAUCCAAAAUUAAUGAAUUUAUUGCACUGAAAAAAACUGACAGUGGAUUAACUACAGACCUAUCAAAAGCUCUUCAGAAACUUAUAUCGUCUUUGUCAAAUGAAAACACGUCACGCGAUAAAGAAAAUGAGCUUGUUGCUUCACCCAGCGAAAAGGGAGUUGAAGGGGAGAGUUCUGAAAACCACACGAUUCAGUCCCAUCUUUCUCAGCCUGAACGCAAUGAUGCAGAUAAUAGCGAGUGCAAGAAAAAAAAGCUCGACGGAGGAGUGCUUGCUAUAACUAAGAAUGAUGUAUGUGGAGAAGAAUCGCAAGAUCAAAAUUCAUUUAUGACGCUAGACAGUGCUCCAACUUAUCAUAAAUUUUACUCGCAAUAUCACGUCCCUAGCAACGUGAGAAGUUUCAAUGCAGCUGUGAUGAAGGAUAUAAAAUUACUCAAGUCUCACUUGCCACCUGGUAUUUUAGUUCGCGCGUUCGAAAAUAGAAUGGACUUGUUCAGCGUUCUCAUUGCUGGUCCUCCAGGUACUCCGUACGAAGACGGUUUGUUUUAUUUUGAUCUCCAACUACCGGAAAAUUAUCCUGCUGCUCCUCCGCAGGUGCACUACUAUGCAUACUGUUCAAAUAGGUUGAAUCCCAACCUCUACGAAGAAGGGAAGGUUUGCGUUAGUUUACUUGGUACGUGGUCGGGAAAAGGAAACGAAACUUGGACGUCGAGAUCAACUAUACAUCAAGUACUGCUCUCCAUACAAAGUUUGAUUUUGUGUGAGGAGCCAUAUUAUAAUGAAGCAGGUUAUGAAAAACAUAGAGGGAGCGAAGAAGGUCUGGAAAAUAGUCGAAUGUACAACGAAAUGGCUGUUAUAAAAAUGAUGCAAAGUAUACAGAGAAUGAUAUCCAGACCGCCUGAGAUCUUCAAAGAAGAGAUCAUAAAACAUUUUCAAGAACAUUUACCAAAGAUAUUUACAAGAUUCGAGGCAUGGAAAACUGGCACAACAAAUCAAACGAAUGAAAAUACACCUGCAUAUCCGCUAUUUCCGUUGUCUGAAGGAUUUUGGGCAAGUGUGAAGAGAAUACUGGAAGACUUAAAAAAAAUGUACGAGAACAUAAACAAAGACGUACCACAAACAAGCUGAAGCUGCUUUCAAACUGGGAUCUCAAAAUGAACUUAAGUUCUUCUGCAACAUGACUUUUAGACCUCUCUAAUACAAAA